UCUUAGAGUCUGAGGGGCUCUAGUCAAGCGGCCGCGGGAUCGUCCACGGCCCCUGAACGAAUUGAGGCUGAGGCCGCCAGGCCGUGUCCAGAGUAAGGCAAAGGAGAAUGAAAGAAGUAGAUAAUCUUGAAAGUAUAAAAGAAGAAUGGGAUUGUGAAACAGGAUCUGACAGUCAACCUCUUAGUGAUAAUCAACAAACAAAUUGUGAAUAUUUUGUUGAUAGCCUUUUUGAGGAAGCUCAGAAAGUUGGUAGCAAAUGCUUGUCCCCGACAGGACAGAAGAAACAGGUAGAUCUAAGUAUAAAAUUAUGGAAAAAUGGAUUCACGGUCAAUGAUGAUUUCAGAAGUUAUUCUGAUGGUGCAAGUCAGCAGUUUCUGAAUGCUAUCAAAAAGGGGGAAUUACCUUCAGAAUUACAGGGAAUUUUUGAUAAAGAGGAGGUGGAUGCUAAAGUUGAAGAUAAAAAAAAUGAAGUAUGUGUGUCUACGAAACCUGUGUUUCAGCCCUUUUCAGGACAGGGUCAUAGACUAGGAAGUGCUACACCAAAAAUUAUUUCUAAAGAAAAGAGUAUUAAAGUUGAAAAUAAAAGUAAUUUGUCUGCUAUUCCACUGAACAACUUGGAACCUAUAACUAAUAUACAGAUCUGGUUAGCCAAUGGGAAAAGGAUUGUCCAGAAAUUUAACAUUUCUCAUAGGGUAAGCCACAUCAAAGACUUCAUUGAACAAUACCAAGGAUAUCAAAGAAGCCCUCCCUUUUCCUUGGCAACAGCUCUUCCUUUCCUCAGACUGCUAGAUGAAACACUCACACUGGAAGAAGCAGAUUUACAGAAUGCUGUAAUCAUUCAGAGACUCCACAAAACUGCAGAACCUUUUAGAAAACUUACAGAGCAUUGAUUUUUUUAUGGACUGAGUGGAAAAUUUACAGAGAAAUGCUGGUUGUAAGUGGGCAUGCAAACUAAAGUAGAGGACAGAAA